AUGUCUUCCUCGUCCUCGACACCACCUACCGUGAGAGAGCUCACACAAGAAGUCUUGCAGGCAAACAAAGAUCACCAAUAUGCGCUCAAAGUUUAUACGGAAAGACUUGAAGCAGAGCUAGAGGCGGUGGACAAGCUCUUGGCAGCAGCACAAGCACCGAAUGACGAGCCCGACGUUGACGUUGGCGGGCAUUUGGAGCUAGCUGGUGCGGCAAAGGCCCUUGGACCAAUACCACCCGAGAUCGCACCUGGCGACCACCCGUUUGCCGAAGAUGUUGCAAAGCGUCGGCAAUAUAUCCAAUGUACAGCAGUGCAUUCUAUGAAGUCUCCCGAUCUCGAAGCCCUAGCGGAUGCGGUGUACUCAGAGAAUCACCGCAUAUGUGCCCUCGAGGCUCAGAGGAGAGGCCAGCAGCCGUUUAUCGCCUUAAACGGGCAUUCCCAGCCUUUUAUUGAACAAAACAAGGAGGGAAUUAACUGGGAACGUGUGGCACAGAAGGUUUCUGCUACAGGCCCCAGUGGUGUCUCUAGAACGGCAGUGGAAUGUGAGAUACGCUGGCUCGGAGAGCGCCAUCCCGACUUUUGCCAUUCACCGUGGCCUCAGUCGGAGAUCGCCAAGGUGAAAGAGCUUGUGGGGAAUUCGAAGGAGGGUGAAGUGGACUGGGUCGAGAUUGCUGCUAAGCUUGGGACGAGACGAACACCUAUUGAUUGCAUGCGUCACGCUAUUACACGAAAGCAGCACGUUUGGACGCCGGAAAGCGACCAACGAUUAUUAGAGAUGGUCAAGGUGUAUGGAACUGAGAAUUGGCUCCUCGUGGCUCGACAAAUCUCCGAAGAUGCCACAGCUGCGCAAUGUCAGAAUCGCUACCAACGCACACUCGACCCUAAUCUUCGUCGCGGUCCAUGGACACCAGAAGAGGACGAGCGGCUUAAACGCGCUGUCGAUGUGUUUGGACGGUCAUGGAUGGACGUCUGCACAUUCGUGCCCACACGAAGCAACGAACAGUGUCGCGAUCGUUGGCAGGAGAGUGUGAACCCUACCGUGAGUAGGACCAGAUGGUCCGAAGAAGAAGACCAGAUGCUGCUAUCUGCCUGUGAGCAGCUCGGAGAGAAGUGGAAGGAGGUUAGCCUCAGGGUUGGGGGCGGCAGGACUGAUAAUAUAUGUCGUCAUCGCCAUGCUCUCCUUAUGAAACGCAAGGCGAAGCAAACAGCGAGCAGCAGCCCCGCUCUUCCGGACAGCGGGGUUUCAGCCCCCGAGCCCGUGGCUGGCCCUUCGCAGCCUCGUCGACAAGCUCGCGCUCAGGCUGUGCAGCAAGAACCACGCCCGAAGCCAGGUGCGGACGCCUCUUCUACUGAAGAAACUGGCACGUCUGUCCCUCAGAGAGCGAAGCCCAAACCACGUGCCAGGGCGAAGCGGGCACAGGCUGCGCAGCCUGAAGCAGUGUUCGCAACUCCGAACACGUCCCGGGAUGGAACAGCAGCUGGAUUUGGACAGGCAGUCGAUAGCCAAAGUCGGGAUACUAGCGCGGGUCCUGUUAGUUUGACCAUUGAAUCGACAGAGACGCAGAGUGGCAACACCGGAACUCGGGUCAAACAGGUAACGGACGGGGCUGUUUCAUCGAUACCUACGAGGGAGAGCACACAAAAGUCUGAACAACCCAAGCAACGACGAGGGCGGUCACCCAAAGCCGAGAGCAAAACGCCGCGACCCGAACCUGGCGAGCCCGCUGUGAAGAGGCGGCGGAUGCGUCAGGUAUCACGGUGUGCAAUCGAGGGCGGUGACAACGGUCCUCGGGAGGUGCGCCACUCGGAGCAUCCUGUCGGUACACCAGAUCAAGCCUCGCAGCACGUAGAAGCGCACACCGGCCUCACUCAUGAUAAUCUGGAAGAACCGCCACAAAAAGUCGCAGCUCCGCGGCCGAAAGCACUCAGAGGACGCGCAAAACGCGCCAACCCACCUCAGCCCACUCGCCAAUCUGCUCGGCUGAGGAAUGUUCGCAGCUAAAGACCAAACAUUAUUCACCCGCCCCUAGUAUUCGCAUGCAUCCCAGUGUAUCACUGCCCAAGCACAUCAUAAUGGCGAUAGUAUUAGGAAGUUCCAUAAUCAUGGAUAUGAGGGACCGAGUUUCCACCGCUUCCUCGAGUACGUCGUCGGUUCCCAAUUGACUACAGCGCCAAGAAUUUCUCCAUCUUCGUUAUCGGCGUUCUCUUCCGUGGCGAGGAGUAGGUUCUUGAGCGACUCCUGUACAAGACCUGCAUUCUUCAGCUUCUUCUCUAGUGAUGGCAAUGCGGCCUUCUUGGGUGGCGAAGCCUGUGAAAGUUGAGUACUGA